AUGUUUCAUAGCAGCGUUUCAUAUUUUAUAUGUUGUAACAACCCUCACUGUCCAAUACAUUCUCGAUUAAAUCAAAUUAUUGAACCGGAACUUCGAUAUACAGAUAAAAAACAUGAUAUAGACUUAAAAGUAAAUGUUAGUUGUGUACCAAUGAUUACCAUUCAUAAUCUUAUAGAAUAUCUUUUACAAUCACUCUGGCUUAAUGACAUUCCUAUUGAAGAAGUUCGUCUUGUUGCAUAUAGGUAUAACGGUCACCAUUAUCAGUUAGAUGAAAUGAAGAUACCGAAGACACUACAAGAAUUGUCGUUGACCAACAAUGAUAUACUUUAUUUCGAACCGACCCCUAAUGCAGCACCGCCGAAACUCUGUCAGCUGACGAUAAUUGGUCCAGAUGAAAAAGAAAAAGUUAUAUUUCAAUGGUAUAGAGCAAAAACAACACUUGCUAUGCUUCUUGAAUAUGUUAUCGAAAAGUUUUCAUUGCAGUCGAUUGAACGUCAUCGAAUUCAUCUUUUUACUAUUUUCGAUGAACUCGACUUAUUCUCUUUGCCUGACCAACGUCUAUGUGAGUUUGGUAUUAAUGACCGAAUGACCGUUCAUGUUCACAUAACUACAUCAUGUCCAUUGACAAUUAUGGAUGAAAACAAGAAUGUUCUAAUUAAAUGUUCUGAUGAUGAUGAUAGUAAAUUUGUUUUAGAUGUGCCAAGUAUCACAACCAUUAAGCAAUUAAAAACUGAUAUUCAGAAUCGAUAUGAAGAUCAAAGUAUUCGUAAUUUUCAAUUGUUUGAUGAAACAAAUGAAGAGUUCCAUUUGGAUGAUACUGAUCAAAAUUUAAAAACGUUCGGUGUUAAACCUGGUCAAACCAUUUUUGCUAAAUUUCGUGUUACCACUCAAAAAACUCUACCAGUAAUUGUAAAUAACGAAAGCAAAUCAUCCGAACAAUCAUUUCCAUCAUCGGAUACAAAAGAAAAUCAUGAUAGAGUCACUGUGAUUUGUGAACUUCCGUCGGGUAGUUCUGAAACAAUACAAGUAUCAGUAAAUAAUACCAUUGGUCAAUUGAGAAAAACAAUAGAGAAUUUAGGACUUAGUAAACGAUUGGUUUUACGCGAAAUAUAUUCAAAUAAAAUUGAAGUUAAGGUUCAAGAAGAACUCGAGACACGACGUUUAACUGAUGUAAGAUUCAAACCAGGCGACACUAUCCAUGCCAUCAUGAUAUAUAAGCAUCUUACUUCUUCAUCGAUCAUAAGCAAACAAACACCUUCAUUAGCGAAAGAAGAUAAACAACCGAAAAAUGGUCCCACCACGAAAAAGCCUAUUGGCUUGAAUAAUCUUGGAAAUUCAUGUUAUAUGAACAGUGCACUUCAAUGUCUCGCGCAUAUACCACCAUUAACUAAUUUCUUUUUAGAAGGUCUUCGUCAUACUCACAUGAAAGAUGAUGAACAUACGGAUUAUUAUUCAAAUCUAUAUGAUCAAAUAGGCAAUGUAACUCGAGCAUAUGCUGAUUUACUUUGGCAUUUAUGGAAAUGUGAUGAAAAUGAUAAUAGUUAUGAUUCAUUUAAACCUAUUCGAGUUAAAGAUGCAAUUGGCAGUAAGGAAUCACGCUUCUCUACAACGGAUCAACAAGAUGCUCAAGAAUUUAUGAGUUUUUUUCUCGAUGCUAUCGAUAAAGAAUUAAAAGAAAAAAAUCAAAACAAUGGAAAUACCAUAAUAAAAAAUCUCUUUUUUGGAGAAAUAAAAUCUACUAUAACUUGUGCAGCAUGUAAUAAAGGAGAAUCAAUCAAAACUCCUAUUAGUUUUUUAUCGAUACCAUUAGAUCGACAGGAACGAAGAUUUUGGAUUACUUAUAUUCCAAAAAUGGGAAAAACUGAAGAAGAUCUGCUGGAAGUCCCAAUCAGUAGUCAAGUUGGACAUAUCGUACAAAAGUUUGUUGAAUAUCGUCAAAAACCUGAACUUUUUAACUAUAUAUUUCCUAUGUUACCCGAUGGUGAACUCGACUUUCAAACGCCAAUUAGUCAUCUAUCUCAAGACGAAAUCAUAUUCAUACAACAAGAAGAACGUUCAAAUAAUAUUCUACCUAAACCUUUAAAAAUACCUACGAAAAAAUCCACUCUUGAAGAUUGUCUUCAACAAUUUUUCUCUAUAGAAGAACUUCAAGAUGAAUGGACUUGUCAUCAACAGACAUGUAAAAAAAAGACGAAAGCAACUAAACAACUUGAACUUAGCAUACCUUCCCCUGUGCUAAUUAUUCAAUUCAAACGAUUUUCGCAUGAAAAUGGUUUACAUCAAAAAAUUGAAACAUUCGUUGAUUAUCCAAUAAAGGGAUUAAAUUUAAAUAAGUUCUUACCAUCUUGUCAGAAAGAAGCUACUUAUGAUCUAAUUGCAACUUGUAAUCAUAUGGGAUUGAUUGAUGGAGGUCAUUAUACAGCAUAUGCUAAACAUCCCAUAUCGAAUAUGAAUGCUUGGUACAAGUUUGAUGAUUCGUGUGUAACACGCAUAAAACCUGAAGAUGUGGAAUUUGAAAUUGUAUCGCGAGAAGCCUAUCUUCUAUUUUACAUUCGAAGAGAUAUUUUGCAUCUGGCUACAACAGUAUAA